UAUCAAAAUCACAUUACACUUAACAAAAUGUUCAAGUUCGUGAUCUUGUUGUCGGUUGUUGCCUGCGCCUUUGGAGCCGCUAUCCCUGAGGGUCUCCUCCCCCAGUUGGAUGGACGCAUCGUUGGAGGUACUGCUACCACCAUCGGAAGUUUCCCCUGGCAAAUCUCCCUCCAGCGUAGUGGCAGCCACUCCUGCGGUGGUUCCAUCUACUCUGCCAACAUCAUCGUGACUGCUGCUCACUGCCUGCAAUCCGUCUCCGCCUCCACCCUUCAGGUUCGCGCCGGCUCUAGCUACUGGAGCUCCGGUGGUGUUACCAGCAAGGUUGCCGCUUUCAGGAACCACGAGGGUUACAACUCCAACACCAUGGUCAACGAUAUUGCUGUCAUCCGUCUGAGCUCUUCUCUGUCGUUCAGCUCCAACAUUAAGUCCAUUGGUCUGGCUUCCUCCAACCCAAGCAACGGUGCUUCUGCCUCCGUCUCUGGCUGGGGUACUCAGUCUUCCGGCGCUAGCUCUAUUCCCACCCAAUUGCAGUACAUCAACACGAAAAUCGUCAGCCGUUCUGUCUGCGCUUCUUCUUCCUACAGCUAUGGUAGCCAAAUCCGUGCAACCAUGAUCUGUGCUGCUGCCAGCGGCAAGGAUUCCUGCCAGGGUGAUUCCGGUGGCCCUUUGGUCUCCGGUGGUCAGCUUGUUGGUGUUGUCUCCUGGGGUAUUGGUUGCGCUUACUCCAACUAUCCUGGUGUGUAUUCCUCUGUUGCUGACCUCCGCUCCUGGGUGGUCAGCGCUGCCGGCAACGUCUACUGGGAGGGGGAUGGAGCUGGAGCCGGAGGACUGAGUACCCCAGCCAGAGACGGAGGCAGAAGCACCGUUGCUUGGGUUGGAGGAAGCCAGACCAAUGGACUUAAUGUUGGAGCUGAACGACAGAGAAGAGCUCAGACGGAUGACAGCAAUAUCGUUGACCAUGGUGUUGGAGUUGUAACCCUCGUGGUUCCUGAAGGCAGCAACAGCGCUGGUGACACCACCGGAGCUCCAGUAGCUAGAGCCGGCGCGAACCUGAAGGGUGGAGGCGGAGACGGAUUGCAGGCAAUGAGCAGCAGUCACGAUGAUGUUGGCAGAGUAGAUGGAACCACCGCAGGAGUGGCUGCCACUACGCUGGAGGGAGAUUUGCCAGGGGAAACUUCCGAUGGUGGUAGCAGUACCUCCAACGAUGCGUCCAUCCAACUGGGGGAGGAGACCCUCAGGGAUAGAAGCGCCAAAGGCGCAGGCAACAACCGACAACAAGAUCACGAACUUGAACAUUUUGCAAAUUACAUUUGCAAAAUGUUCAAGUUCGUGAUCUUGUUGUCGGUCGUUGCCUGCGCCCUUGGCGCUUCUAUCCCUGAGGGUCUCCUCCCCCAGUUGGAUGGACGCAUCGUUGGAGGUACUGCCACCACCAUCGGAAGCUUCCCCUGGCAAAUCUCCCUCCAGCGUAGUGGCAGCCACUCCUGCGGUGGUUCCAUCUACUCUGCCAACAUCAUCGUGACUGCUGCUCACUGCCUGCAAUCCGUCUCCGCCUCCACCCUUCAGGUUCGCGCCGGCUCUAGCUACUGGAGCUCCGGUGGUGUUACCAGCAAGGUUGCCGCUUUCAGGAACCACGAGGGUUACAACUCCAACACCAUGGUCAACGAUAUUGCUGUCAUCCGUCUGAGCUCUUCUCUGUCGUUCAGCUCCAACAUUAAGUCCAUUGGUCUGGCUUCCUCCAACCCAAGCAACGGUGCUUCUGCCUCCGUCUCUGGCUGGGGUACUCAGUCCUCCGGCUCCAGCUCCAUCCCCUCCCAGCUGCAGUACGUCAAUGUGAACAUCGUCAGCCAGUCUGUGUGUGCUUCCUCUGCCUACAGCUAUGGUAGCCAAAUCCGCUCAACCAUGAUCUGCGCUGCUGCCAGCGGCAAGGAUGCCUGCCAGGGUGAUUCCGGUGGUCCAUUGGUCUCCGGUGGUCAGCUCGUCGGUGUUGUCUCCUGGGGUAUUGGCUGCGCCUACUCUAACUAUCCCGGUGUCUACGCCUCUGUUGCCGAUCUCCGCUCCUGGGUGGUCAGCGCUGCCGGCAACGAACUAUCUGUAGGCCGAAUCAUUGGAGGCACGGCCACCACCAUUAGCAACUUUCCCUGGCAAGUAUCCUUACAGCGUAGCGGCAGUCAUUCAUGUGGUGGCUCCGUUUACUCCGUUAACAUUAUUGUGACUAGUGCCCGGUGUCUGCAAUUCGUGCCCGCUGCCAUCGUCCAGGUUCGUGCCGGAUCAACUUACUGGAAUUCUGGGGGUAUCCUGCUACAGGUUUCCGCUUUCCGAAACCAUGAGGGCUACGAUGCAAACACCAUGGCUAACGAUAUUGCUGUCGUCCGUCUGAGCUCAUCCCUGCCCUUUAGCUCCACCAUUAAAGCAAUUGAUUUGGCCAAUUAUGCACCCGCUAACGGAGAUACCGCGUCAGUUUCUGGGUGGGGAACAGAGUCUUAUGGAUCCAGCUCUAUUCCUUCUCAGCUACAGUACGCUAACGUAAAUAUCAUCAGCCAAUCCAUAUGCGCUUCCUCUAGCUACGAUUAUGGUAGCCAAAUCAAGAACACCAUGAUCUGCGCUGCUGCCAGCGGCAAGGAUGCCUGUCAGGGUGAUUCCGGUGGCCCAUUGGUCUCUGGCGGUGUGCUAUAUUACAUUUUGAAAAUGUUCAAGUUCGUGAUCUUGUUGUCGGUUGUCGCCUGCGCCUUUGGAGCCGCUAUCCCUGAGGGUCUCCUCCCCCAGUUGGAUGGACGCAUCGUUGGAGGUACUGCCACCACCAUCGGAAGCUUCCCCUGGCAAAUCUCCCUCCAGCGUAGUGGCAGCCACUCAUGCGGUGGUUCCAUCUACUCUGCCAACAUCAUCGUGACUGCUGCUCACUGCCUGCAAUCCGUCUCCGCCUCCACCCUUCAGGUUCGCGCCGGCUCUAGCUACUGGAGCUCCGGUGGUGUUACCAGCAAGGUUGCCGCUUUCAGGAACCACGAGGGUUACAACUCCAACACCAUGGUCAACGAUAUUGCUGUCAUCCGUCUGAGCUCUUCUCUGUCGUUCAGCUCCAACAUUAAGUCCAUUGGUCUGGCUUCCUCCAACCCAAGCAACGGUGCCUCUGCCUCCGUUUCUGGCUGGGGUACUCAGUCCUCCGGCUCCAGCUCCAUCCCCUCCCAGCUGCAGUACGUCAACGUGAACAUCGUUAGCCAGUCUGUGUGUGCUUCCUCUGCCUACAGCUAUGGUAGCCAAAUCCGCUCAACCAUGAUCUGCGCUGCUGCCAGCGGCAAGGAUGCCUGCCAGGGUGAUUCCGGUGGCCCAUUGGUCUCCGGUGGUCAGCUCGUCGGUGUUGUCUCCUGGGGUAUUGGCUGCGCCUACUCUAACUAUCCCGGUGUCUACGCCUCUGUUGCCGAUCUCCGCUCCUGGGUAGUCAGCGCUGCCGGCAACGUCUAUUACAUUUGCAAAAUGUUUAAGUUUGUGAUCUUGUUGUCGGUUGUUGCCUGCGCCUUUGGAGCUUCUAUCCCUGAGGGUCUCCUCCCCCAGUUGGAUGGACGCAUCGUUGGAGGUACUGCUACCACCAUCGGAAGUUUCCCCUGGCAAAUCUCCCUCCAGCGUAGUGGCAGCCACUCCUGCGGUGGUUCCAUCUACUCUGCCAACAUCAUCGUGACUGCUGCUCAUUGCCUGCAAUCCGUCUCUGCCUCCACCCUUCAGGUUCGUGCCGGCUCUAGCUACUGGAGCUCCGGUGGUGUUACCAGCAAGGUUGCCGCUUUCAGGAACCACGAGGGUUACAACUCCAACACCAUGGUCAACGAUAUUGCUGUCAUCCGUCUGAGCUCUUCUCUGUCGUUCAGCUCCAACAUUAAGUCCAUUGGUCUGGCUUCCUCCAACCCAAGCAACGGUGCUUCUGCCUCCGUCUCUGGCUGGGGUACUCAGUCCUCCGGCUCCAGCUCCAUCCCCUCCCAGCUGCAGUACGUCAACGUGAACAUCGUCAGCCAGUCCGUGUGCGCUUCUUCUUCCUACAGCUAUGGUAGCCAAAUCCGCUCAACCAUGAUCUGCGCUGCUGCCAGCGGCAAGGAUGCCUGCCAGGGUGAUUCCGGUGGCCCAUUGGUCUCCGGUGGUCAGCUCGUCGGUGUUGUCUCCUGGGGUAUUGGCUGCGCCUACUCUAACUAUCCCGGUGUCUACGCCUCCGUUGCUGAUCUCCGCUCCUGGGUUGUCAGCGCCGCCAGCAAUGUUUAAGAACUUGUUCAAAUAAAAGAAUACAAUGAUAUAACGAA